GGGGCUGGCGGAGCGAGGAGGCACGGGGAAGCUGUCGGCUCUCCCGCCGGCGCCGCCGCCGCCGCCGCGCCUCGGAGCGGGACACAAGACAUGAAGACAUCUCAAUCGAACCCGCGCGCGCGCUCGCUCCGGUCGCGUACCCGCACCAGUGGCUCCAACUACAUUCCCGACUUCACAACAAUCGGAACAACACUAAACAAUACCACCUAACUACAAACUAUUCAGUGAUUAUAACGGUUCCGUUUGAAAUACCGAGGGUUGACUGUGACAUUGUUUGUGUUGUAUUAUAACUGUGGAGUGCGAACCCAUCGUAAAAGUUAACAAAAACAGGUGCUCCUAACUCUCCAGUGACUCCAAGACAUGUGACUAUAGCGGACAGCCAAGAGAGCAGUGAUGUGGGCACACGCGAUGGUGCUAGCGGCGGCGGUGGCGGCGGCGGCGGGCGCGGCCUGCACGGAGGCGCGGCUGCGCUGCUCCUACCGCCAGGGCUGCGGCACGGCGCUCAACAACUACCUCAUGUUGUGCUCGGAUGUCAUGAGCGAGCCCACAGACCAGUGCCCCGAGCCGUGCCAGCAUGCGCUCAUAGCGCUGACUUCUACCGAGGAGGGGAAGGAGCUUAUGAAUUGUAAAUGCGAGGACGCGUACUGCUCGGAGACGAAGCAGCGCAUGGAGGUGUGCCGGCCGCAGGUGCUGCGCGGCGCCGCCAACGCCACCGCCUCGUGCCGCCUGUCGCAGCUCAUCUGCCUCGCCGACGCGCAGUGCGCCACCGCGCUGGACUACUACCACCGCCUGUGCCGCUCCAUGUACCAGGGCCGCAAGUGCUCCAACAAGUGCAUGAACUCCAUCGAGAUCCUGCGCAAGCAGGAGAAGGCGGCGGCGCUCACGGCGUGUCGCUGCGACGGGUACGAGAACUACGACUGCCCGCGCAUGCAGUCCAACCUGCAGCGGCUCUGCUUCCACAAGCACAAGAAGAAUCACAGCCGGGAGCGCGGCGAGCGGCGCGGGACCGAGGCGCCGCCCGCGGGCGAGCCGACCGCCGCCGCCGCCGCCGCUCUGCUGCCGCGGGCGCUGCUGCUAGCCACCCUCGUGCUCAGUUCAGUUUUCAACACGUGAUAUAAGACUUACUAACGACCUACCUCUGGUUUCGUAUUAACAUCGAUUUACAGCAUUUAAGUACAACUCUUGUAAAUAUGUAUAAAGCAGUAUUGUAAAUAUAAGUUUAAGUGCUCGAAUGUUAAGGAUAGUUGUAUGAUAGAGCUUCGUGCGAGCCGGGCGGCGUGUGUCGGGCGCGGGCUCGGUGCAGCGCGCCGCCCACGGCACGCGCGGCCUCGCUCACUAUAAAUACUUCGGCGCCGGUGGUCCGGUGACAAAUGCCGGUCGGCCCCGCCGCCGACGCACCGCCGAUUGAUCUAAUGACUCGGGAAGUUCACGCCCUAAUGACAAACUCCUAGUCGCGGCUAAUUCCGGUGAGCGCGACGCUAAUCGCCGCGGGUGAUGUAGGUCGCCGCCGCCGUCGCUGUCUCGGCUAUUAUCAUCAUUCUUUACACUAGUUUUUCAGCUUCCGCGUGUUACUAUCAGUUCAGAAAUUUAUUUCAGUGAUAAAUUGCAGCAUAACGAUUAAUGUUUACCUAUUUAGUAAACUUUGAAUGAUUUAGAAGUUAUUGAACAAAUGUUUAUUUAUAAUUGACUGCAAUGUUUGAGAAAUUCGUGAUUUUCUUUAAUUGCUCUCAAGUACUUGAGCUUAACAGUUAAAACCUACCGGUUCUUUACUUCAUUAGUGGGUUAGUUACGACUUUGUACGGGCUUACGUACGGGUGGAUUUCUAGUUGGAGGUAUACUAUGAAGUUUAGAGUCAGUUUUGCCGCUGGUAACCGAGGGAAUGUUUGGAUUUCGAGAGCGAGGCUUGCUAGUGAAGGUUCUGAGUGUGAACCAUGGUUCCGCAGCUCGUAAUGAAGAGGUAGACUCUGGAACCGGUUCCCGCGGCGGCGGCGGCGGCGCACACUCAGCUGCUCCGAAACGCUCUGGUUUAAACUCAAGAGAGCAAAUAAACUUCAGUCUGAGUCAUUUUUGAAUGCUUUGAUUUCUCUAUAUUAUGUUGACCGAGAGGCACUUUCUAAAAUUUCCGCAAAAAGCGCUUCGUGUAAUGAAUGAUUAUGAAAAGUGAGUAGGUAUGUCAAAAUAAAACUUUAGGGACCGACUGAACUUCUGACCAUUUCAUGAUGUUGCUUUCGCCUAAUAGCUAAUUCCAAUACAAAGUAGUAGUAAUGCCUUGACGUGAAAAAUAGAACUCAACUAAGUAUCUAACUUAAAAUAGCUGAGGCUUUCUUUAACAAAUAGUGCCUACAGUAUUACAACAACAUAGAAGGUAACUGGUUCCAGUACCACAUAGGUACUGGUCGGGUGAUUGUGUAUGCAUCUCAGAAACAAUUGAACGCUAAUGCCCUGACGCCCGAAUCACGAAUGGACAACUUUAUGCAUUAUGCAACACACGACAGUGUGCACAAUAUGAAUCAACUUGUACUUGUCUUGUACUAUAACGUAAGCCGUAUACAGGGUGUUUGAAGUUGCAGGAAAAUAUUAAACAGGUACCUAGUUACUUACGUCCUGAAAUAUUGUUUUGGUCCGACCUUUCCAUAAAUAAUGUACCCACAGGUCCCACAGUAACUAAAGUACUACUUACGUUUAUAUUUAAAUACAACAAAUAACGAAAAAUCUAAGUAGGUAGGUACAUAGUAACAUCUAAAAUUGCAUCAAUUUAAACAAGGAAUGUGUAAUCUAUAAAACAUGCAAAUAUUUACUUACUUAACUUAUGUAUUUUGCAUCAUGUAUACUAUACCAGAUAACUGAGAUAGCAGAAAGUUUGUCUAUGUCUAUACUUUUAUGUCUCAACUCUCAACCUGUAUUUGUUCACUUGAUAAAUGUUUCUAGAACCAACACAUUGGAAUAUGCCAGCAUUGCAAAUUAUCCUAUAUAUGUUUAUGUAGGUAGUAGGUACCUAGGUACUAGUAUUAUUUAUAGAUGAAAAUGUGACUGAAAGGCAGAAUGUAGGUGUAGUGGAAUGCCUACAUCAAAACAAAAUAAAAUUCCACUACAUAGGCAUGCAGCAAUGUGCUUUUUCAUUACGUUUCCGAAAACUUCUAUUGUGCUCAAUUUCAUGUGUUUUAUUUUACAAUCAAUAUUUUUACUAUGUUGUUUAUGAAUACAAAUGUUAGAUUUAUGUCAUGUGCCUCUACGUAUGUACGUGAGCAUUUUCAGUACAUUGAAAUUGAAGAAUCGUGUUGGUCUUCGUAAUAUUAUUUCGAUAUCAAAUAAUUUUAAUGAUCAAUACAUAUUAUUGUUUAAUUUGUAAGAUUUAAUUAAGUUUUUUAUAGUUAGAAACCUACUUAUAAGAUUGAAUUUAUGCACAAAAUAUACUUAUCAUGGAACCGAUUUAACCACAGUUUACCAAAGUGAGAUUAUUAGCAUAGGAGAAAAACAGCUGGGAAAAUAUACCUAUGGAGGUAUACUUAUAUUUUCUUAGGCAUAAGUUAUAUAAAAAACGUACAAAGUAUUUUAAUGUAUAAUUUUAAAUAAUUUAUUUCAUUUUAGUUAAGAAUAAACAUAGAAAUUUAGUUUGUAAACACUGUUUGUUUCACAUUUGUUUCGUUUUUGUAAAAAUAAUAUAAGGAUUUUAAAUUGUAUUUAUUUAAAAAAAUAAAUCAUUUGUUUUCUAAAA